AUGUGGUACCACAUUUCCGACGCCAACGAAUAUCUCGUUGUCACGGGUGCUGGCGUCGACGAUGUUCGCAUCGUCAAGAAGGCCUUUGUCUACCCAUGGCAACGCGUUGCCCGCAUCUCCGUCUCUCCCUUUGACUUCUCCCUCAACUUGCAAGCCAUGACGAUCGAGAAGCUUCAGUUUGCCCUGCCUGCCGUAUUCACCAUCGGUCCCGACAACAAACCCGAAGCUCUCAAGAAGUAUGCCUUACUCCUUAGCGGCAAUCCCGACGGGACAGCCGUCAACGCAAAUCGGCCUGGCAGAGCUAUCGUACCGACCCAGAGACAUCAUGUUCAGGACAUCGUCAAGGGUAUCAUCGAGGGUGAGACUCGUGUUAUAGUCUCAAGUAUGACCAUGGAAGAAAUCUUCAAGGAGCGCCAAGUCUUCAAGCAAAAGGUCAUUGAAAACGUCCAGAAUGAACUCGAUCAGUUCGGUCUACGCAUCUACAACGCCAACGUCAAAGAACUCCAGGAUACUCCCGGCUCCGAGUACUUUGCCUUUCUUUCGCGGAAAGCCCACGAGGGGGCAUCCAACCAAGCACGUAUCGAUGUCGCCGAAGCUCGUAUGCGGGGUGAAGUUGGUGAAGCCGGAAGAAAGGGUCAAACGAAGCAGGAGAUUUCCAAGAUCGAGGCAGAGACUGCUGUCCUUGAGACGAAGCGAAAAGCCGAAAAGGCUCAGGCCGAUGCCGAGCUUACAAACCGACAGACGGAACUAAACAUGGGCAUCCAGAUGGCCCAAAUCCAAGCUCGCAGAGCGGCCGAAUCCCGUGACGCCGAACUUCAAAAAGACGUUGAAACCAAAAAGGCAGCCACCGAACUCGAGCGUCUCCGUGCCAAAGACCUAGUCCGAGCGCAAAUCGCUAGAGAGACGGUCCAACAAGAAGCCGAUGCCGAACAAUACAGGCAGUUCAAAGCCGCCGACGCCAAGGCGUAUGCCGAGAAGCAAGAUGCCGAAGCCCAGCUCUUCAAGCAGCAAAAGCAGAUCCAGGGCAACGUCGAGCGUCAAAUGAAGGAAGCCGACGCCAUGUAUCACGCCAAGAUGCGCGAGGCAGAAGCCACCCAGGCACAGGCGCAGGCAUUCAAAGCCCUCGCCGAAGCAUUUGGCGGACCGCAAGGCCUGCUCCAGUACAUGAUGCUCAAGGAGAACACGUACGAGAAACUCGCCACGGCCAACGCAAAGGCCAUUCAGGGUCUCCAACCCAAGAUUACGGUAUGGAACACCGGUGCCGAAGGAGACGCCAGCAGCGGCAUGGGUCAAGGCAUCGCCCCGAUCAAGAACAUCAUGCAGUCAUUGCCUCCAUUGCUGUCGACAGUCCAAGACCAGACUGGAAUCACUCUGCCGAACUGGAUGAUGCAGAUGCCUCCCAAGGACGCACCCCAGAUGAACGGGCACCCGGACGUCCCCGACAAGAAGAAGAUGCUCAAGCAAUAG